AUGGCGGCCCGGUUAAUUCUUUGCCUGAUUCUCGUUGGCAGAUGCUUCGCGAUGAGCAAUCGUUUUGGAAUCGGUCGCGAAGUCACGGAUUUAGCUGGGCCAUCCAAUCGUGGGAAUUCAGAAGGAAGCCGAGAAGCUGUGAGCCUCAGUUCAUCUCAUCCAGGGGUCAAUGGCGAAAUUCGUAUACGUAUACCCGGCGAACAGAAAGUAGUCGUAAAUCUUGGUUCAACGAAGAGCUGUCCAGUCUGUCGGGUUGCAUUCGUUCAAGGUGAAGAACUCAGACGAUGUAUCGCGUGUGCCCAUGAUUUCCACAUACCUUGCGUCGCAGGAAAGGUUCAAUGCCCGAAAUGUAAACGAGCGGUCGUCACAGGAAAAGAAAUACCUGAAUCGGACCUUGAGUCAGCCAAAAGGCAAAUAGCUGGUAUGGCCACCAACAUAGCCGCAAACGAUCAACCGCGCGUAACAAAGAAGCUUUUCGAGGAUAUAAUUGCAUCAGUGAUGGUUUGCGGUUGGAUCUGCGUCAUGGUCCAUAUGCGUAUCUACGGUUAA